AUGUCAGGCUACCUGUUAGCUAUUAGUUGGAUGUCUUUCAAAGCUGGAUUCAUCCAAAGCUACACUGAAAAAUCUGACAAGUUGUCUAUUGCUUACGAGCCAAUGACAACGAUAGUCCACGAAGAGGUGCAGUAUGUGCCGCUUGGGCACCACGCCAAAUUUAGAUGCGGAGCUUAUGACGAUUUUGAACUUCUUGAUGCUCAGAGUGCAUGGAGAAUCACGGAAUUGCGCAACCGCAUGAACUAUGUUCAAAUCGAUCGCCCAUAUCCGUCAAGAGAGGACGGCGACUGGAAGGGGAUUAGAAUUUUAUUGUCAAAUGACACCAGGCUUGCAUAUAUCUAUGCAGUGGACAGAAAAAUGAAUGGGUCUUUCAUUGAGUGUUCUGUCAGCUCAGGAUUUGCAAAUGAUAAAAGACAACCAGAAUGGAAACUGUUACAUCGAAUUGAAAUAGUGGUGCAAGACUGCAGCAAAAACCUGGGGACUAGCACUAUAUCAGCAAAUAGGUUGAAUCCGUGUCGAUAUGGCUCAUGUCGUAUAAGUAAAGAUGAUAACCUUGAAAUGCUGGAAUGUCUCUGCGUUGAACAAUAUACAGGACUUUUUUGCGAUCAGCCAGUCCAAGGAGCAGUCCUAUUCGAGAUCUUAUAUUUUCUACCAAUUUUUUCUUUGUUGGCCGUAUUAUUUCUAGUUUGCUGUUUCCACAAACAAUUGGGCAGCAUAGGUUCUAAAGAACGACCGAUGCUGCUUGAAAAGCAUGUUCCGAAGGGAGAUCUCAAGGUAGACUUGGAAGAGCUGUACCCGGAAAUGUUCAUAACUCCAGAAAAAGUAAGAUACUAA